AUGCGGCUCACUCGCGCUUUCAAACCUUCGCUUAAAGCCGCAAUGGAGACUCUUCAUCCACGAAUCAUGAACGCUGAACAUUGGUGUAAGAUCAAUGAGCCUGAGGAGGAUGUCUUAGAGAAGCUAUUUCAAACAACUGGCCCACUUUCUCCGACGAGACGAGGAUAUGACGAGGAUAGUAACUUAUUGCCGAUCAAUAAAGGAAAAGGGAAAGAGGGACAAGCUGGUAUCGAAGCUUUGCCCCGCAUGUCCAAGUUUAUUCUUUUGGCUUCUUAUAUCGCGUCUAGCAACCCAGCUAAGACCGACUUACGGAUGUUUGGGAGAGGUCUGGAUGAGAAGAAGCGGAAGCGGAGGGUCGUACGAAAUAAAGCACCACCAAAAGGGAGUAGUGGCCCUGUAAAAAUCCCACAACCACUCGUGGGCCCCUCGCCUUUCCCUUUAGACCGCAUGCUUGCUAUCCUCGGGGCACUUAUAGAGAAUAAUGAUGUGGAAAGCCGGUUACCGGCGCCUGAGUUUACGAUUCCGGGGGAAUAUACGGACAUGGAGAUCAGUCGAGUUGGUACUUAUGCUUCGGUCAAUGAGCUUACUUCACUGCACCUCCUUCACCGUACGUCUGCGGCAGAUAGACUUGAUGGACCUCCAAUGUUCAAAUGUGCCAUAUCCCAUAACAUUGCGCAGUCGUUGGCAAAGCAAUUGGGUAUUCAGUUGCAUGAAAUACUGUGGGACCCGGUGUAA